AUGGCUGAUCUGUUCUCCGAGAUCUUCCCAGAAGAUGAUUCGGAUACGGAAGAGGACGAGUCUGCUGAAGAAAAGCUAUUUGUGAAUGAUUCGGCAGUGCCAGAAGCAAGCAUCGUGGAAGUGAAAGACGAAGGACAGCAACCAAUGGAGACUGAUUCUAGUCCACCUGUUUUGCCCACUGUAAUCAAAGAGAGGCUCAUACCUCUCAAAUCUGAAGAGGAUUUCGUUUGGAAGCCUGACGUUAUCAAAGACGUGCAGAAAGAUCCACCAAAACGAAAAGGAAAUGUGCUGGAUGCUAUGGGAAGAGAACGUUAUCUGCUUAUGAAAGAUGGACAGGAAGAGCUGGCAAAUUUACUAUACAGGAAAAGAGAAGUUAUAAUGGAGCAUGUGGAGAAUGCGGAGGAUAUCGUUUUCGACGACGACGAAAGUCUAGAUACGGUGCGGGCGUUCAUUGAAGAGCGUUUUCGCAUGCGUUACGGUCCAAAUGCUGAUGGUUCAGUGAGGAAGUUAAGCAAAGAAGAGGAAGAAGAGCAACAGUUCCUUAUCGACAAUUCCCUAUUCAUAACCAGGGUUAUUCUACGAAUGAAUAAUUUGGAGCCGGACAAUUACAAAUCCCAAUUCGCAAAUUUCCAUGCCAUGGCGAAGAGUAAGUUAGUUUUCGAGCAGACGGAAAUGAGAGACAAGGAGUUGGUUGCAAUGAAACGUCGCCUCGAUAUGGCACGGAGGCAAGCAAGGGAAGACCGUUUGGAGAGAAUUCGUUGCGGAGAAGAGAGCUCCGAUGAUGAUUUACUGAUGGAGGAAGAUGAUGAUGCGAGAACUGUGGAGCUUUCGACUGAAUACGAGCAUCAGUUAAUCUCUCGUUUGGAGAAACUUCAAAUUCGACUAAGUGCAGAUCAGCUAGCAGACAUGAUAAAGGAAAAGCUAGUUUUAUUCAAUAUUCGUUCCACCCAGUCGAGCCGUGAAAGAAUGCCCAGUCCGCCUCGAAUCGCUGCCGAGGAUUUGAGUGGUGAUGUACAAGCUAUUGAUUUGCCAUGGCUAACAAGUGACGAUGGAGGUGAUGAUGAAUUGCUUGAAGAGAACUUGCCGUUGGAGAACAAUGAAAAGCCUAGAGUUGUAGUCGACCAGAACAUUUUUGUAUACAAUUGGUCUGAGACGCUCUUCCCAGCGCUCUUAAUGCACUGUUCAAAGUCUGGCAUGAUCAUGAGAAGAAAGGAAUUUAUGGGGUAUUCUAAAACACAAGCUGAUCAACGGAUUGAACCUUCCGAAAAGCCCUUCGCCGUUGUAGUGUUCAUAGGAAAAACGUUUGGAAUUCCGAAGACUUACGAUGCAGCUGUGGGCUCUGUACCGAAGCGAAGAGCUGUUGAAAAAGAUGGCGAGCGUAAGCGAAUGGAUACAAUUCCUCCUCCACCGAAGCUGAGGUCUUGCAUGCGGUCGCAAGAAAAGUUACUGACAGAUGUUGAUCAGAAUACGUUGAGUGUGAAGGAGCGAAUCAAAUGGCGUGAGCAGCUGGAAUAUCGUUCUCUGCAAAAGAAGAAAGUGCGGUUUAGAGAUUUCAAAGAUCCCGAGAACAGAUGCCGAUUUUAUGUUCGACCAACUGAUAGUGAAGUAUGCAGUCGUGAAUGGGCGACGAUGCAGAAUCAAUUGAGAGAUGCCUGCCGAAACGCUUUAUAUGUGGACUGCCCUUUAUUCCGUGGACAGGAGAUCAUUCGAAGAAUUAUGAGUCGAUAUGUACCUCCAGCGGCGUCAAAUUUCCAUAAUCAAGAAGUUUAUUUGGAGAGGUUGGCUAAGGAAGUAGACGGAGUCUCUAAAAUGGCGACUUAUAAAUUGCUGUGA